ACGACUGGGUGGCGCUGGCUGGCGUGUUGUUUCAUCAACUAAACUUAGUUUAGUACCUAGUUAUUAUCUGUUAAAAACAUAGUUCGUAGGCGUGCUGUUCACUUGUUGAGUGCAAUAUAUUUGAGAUUCAUCGAGAAAAAUAAAUAAAAUAUCGUAUGUUUUAGUGGGUGCAUUUUCUUGUUGAGUUGUUGAAUACAGAAACAGUUGGAUUCCAUCUCAUCCAGUUAAGGAUGUUGCGCUUUCUGAGCCGAAGGGGGCGUUCGUCAAGCCAAAAUCGCAAUAAACAAACCCAGAAGGCAUCAAGCAACAAAAAUUUAAUACAAUGCAAAGUUCUAUUACUUGAUGACACAGAUUUGUCUAUAAACUUAUCUAAGAAGGCCAGUGCCAAUGACCUUUAUGAACAAGUAUUUUAUUCUCUAGAUUUGAUAGAAAAAGACUACUUUGGAUUGCAAUUCACUGACACCCAUAAUGUUAAACAUUGGUUGGAUCCCACUAAAACUAUUAAAAAACAAGUGAAAAUAGGACCACCUUACACUCUACGACUUAAAGUGAAGUUUUAUUCUUCUGAGCCCAACAACUUGAGAGAAGAACUAACUAGAUAUCAGUUCUUUUUACAAUUGAAAAAAGACAUUCUAGAAAGCAAACUUGAGUGUCCACACUCUACUGCAGUUGAACUAGCAGCACUAGCUUUGCAAUCAGAGCUCGGUGACUUUGAUGAAAAUGUUCACACUCCUGCAACUGUGUCAGAGUUUAGGUUUGUGCCUAACCAAACGGAAGAGAUGGAAAUUGAAAUAUUAGAAGAAUAUAAAAAAUGUAAAGGACUAACGCCAGCACAAGCUGAAGUCAAUUAUUUGAACAAAGCAAAGUGGCUUGAAAUGUAUGGUGUUGACAUGCACAUUGUUUUGGGUAAAGAUGGCUGUGAAUAUCAUUUGGGAUUGACACCUACAGGCAUACUGGUCUUUGAAGGACCUCAAAAAAUUGGUUUAUUUUUCUGGCCCAAGAUAAGCAAGCUUGAUUUUAAGAAAAAGAAACUUACACUUGUUGUGGUGGAAGAUGAUGACCAAGGUCGGGAACAAGAGCAUACAUUCGUGUUCAGGUUGCAUAAUGAAAAAGCAUGUAAACACCUUUGGAAAUGCGCUGUGGAACACCACACCUUCUUCCGCCUGAGAGCACCAGUGAAAGGUCCAUCAGCUCGACAAAACUUCUUCCGAAUGGGCUCUCGAUUCCAAUAUUCCGGAAAAACGGAGUACCAGACUACACAGCAAAACCGCGCCCGACGCACUGUACAAUUUGAAAGACGACCAAGUCAAAGGUUUGCUCGACGACAAAGUCACGUUCUGAGGGAACGAGAAAAACAGAAUGUAGUCAAACCAGAGGCUGCCCCACCUGAACCAGCUAACGAAAUGCCUAGCACAUCGUCUGACACAGCAGUCUUGUUGCCUGAUGUUGAUACAUUAUCUAGAAAGAGCAGUGCUAAAUCUCAGAAGUCAUCUCUUAUUGAUGCUGAGAUUAAACCUGAGAUUGGUGAACCAUCUACCAAGAACCUUCUCAAUGAAGAACCAACUGAAGAAGUGUUGAUGUCGAAAGAUGACGCUAUAAGCAAUAAGGUGCUAUUCAAAAUGGACAAAUCCCUAAAUGAAGAUAAGAAGAACAAUUUAACUCAACUUGUUAUCAACAAGCCAGCCUGCAGUUGUUCGCCUGUUAAUGAAUCAAACCCAUUGAAUGAUCUCCUUAUGAGUUUGGUUAAAGAAAAACUCAAUAAUGAUGAUUCUAAAAAUGAAGCAAAGAGAGAUCAGUUGGAUUCUGCAAAUGACAAGGAAGUACCUAACAAUCAGACAAAAUGCUACCUCUCUUCUACUAAGGCUCUACCACCAGGGCAACUAAAGUGUAAUAAUAUUUUGAAAGCCAGAGAAAAUGAGGUGAAGGUCAUAAAUGAGUCUACUAACAUUAACUUGGCCAUACCAUCUACCCCGUCACCGAAAAUAUUAAAUGAACCUACAAAUCCCAUCAACUCUCAAUAUGUGUCAAUUGUGGUAGUGGAACCUCCUCAUAAUCAAGCAAAAUUAGCGUCACCAAAACCGGUUGAGAAAAAGGAAGAUGUAACUCCCAAGGUGCAACCUAUAUCAUCCCUUUCUCCCUGGCUCGUGUCUUCUGAACCGAGCUCACCGUCCGGGAUCGGAGAGAAGGAAAUCACAAUAAUCCACCGUAAGUCCGUUAUCACUACACAAUUGUAGUUGUAUUGAGUCAAAUAUUAUGACAAUUUUUUUUUAAAAAAUGACAAUAUAGAGUAAUAUUCCAUGUUUUGCUUUUAAAAUAAUGAAAUUAUUAUUUAGUGCCUUAAAAUCGCCUAUUCGUAGAUUUAGUAAUGAAUCAAUGUAGUUAAUCAAAAAAGAACAUUGGUAGCAAUGUAUUAUAGCAGUGAUCUCCAAUAUUUUUCUACAAAGUUUAUUGACGCAGCAUUAGGUAUUAUGCUAAUUUAAGUGCAACUGAUUUUCGGAAAACUAGUUUUGUCGUCAACUAAACUAGUUCGUCCGCCUAUAUUAGAACCGUCCAAAGCACUUAAGAAUAAACAUUCCUUGCUUAGUAUAAAUUUUCGCUUUCAAAGUUUCGAUGGAAACCUAAAGCGAGAUGAUGCCUUUUGUUACCACAAUAUGAUAAAUAAUAAUGGGUCGUCUGGUUUCAUUCCGCUUGGGUGUACUAAGUAGAUAUCGAUACUUUUUAUGUCCUUGUAUUUUUUCAUGCGUACUUCACUGUCGCACUCAGCAAUAUUUCGAAAUGUGUCUUAGCUUAGGUACAUAAUAAUAGAAUCUAUUUUUGUACUUAAAUAUGAAUUUCCUGUACAUUCCUGUAGUUAAGUCUGACACGACACGAAAGUCGAUCUAAAAUGGAGAUGGUUGUUCAAGGUUACAAUACUUACUAUGUGACAAAUACCAAGGUAGGUUUGUCACAUUAGGCAGCUCUCGUAUUGAAAAUAUAUAAUUUAUUCUUACAUAAGAAUAAUAUUAAAUAUAUUACGUUUUUGAUGAUGUUAUUCAAAUAUUCGCUGCAUAAAGCUGUGUAUCAUUGUACCUAUGUACAUUUUUAUACACAUGUGCUUUCUCAGUAUCAGGUUUCGUGUCGCUGGCUAUACAUUUAUAUUAUUUUCAAUAUCAUAUAUCUUUUUAUAGGUAAUGUACUUUGAUCUAUAGCUGUUAAAAACAGAACGGAUAACACUUGUCGGUUUUAAAUAUGCACUCGAUUGUAAUAUUUUACAGGUAGUAUUUAUGAUGCCGUCCUUAUUAACAAUAAUUCUGUAAGUCUGUAACGCCUUUUAGCAUAAGUACGACAUAUCAGUAUUACAAAACGAAUGAAAGGACUUGGAGGAGGUGCCAUAGUCUAAUAAAUUGCCAUUCAAUUAUACUCUCAAAGUCAUAUUGCAUCAAAUUUUUUAUCACCCAUUUAAAAUCAUAGAUUUAUGUUUAGUUUUCCACCAUUUAACGUAUUUUAUGCCUGUAUUUGAAAUAAUUACGGUUAUUCGUAUGGAUUUGACUAGAUUUUAUAACAUGUAACUAAUAUUAUUUUAUCUAAAUGAGCGAUUAUAAAAGUACCAUAAUAUCAAUUCAUAAUAGUACCUAUACAAGUGCCAACAAGUCUUCUAUUGUGCUGUAUAUUUUUUUUUUCGAGAAAUGCUGUUUUAUUCAUGACAUAACAACAUAAUUUAUGGAAUUGAUUUGUUUAAUUUUAAUGUAUUCGUCACCUACAUACAAUAUGAAGUUCAAUCUAGAUACAUUAAUAAUAAGUCCAUAUUUUUAAGGCUUAUGUUACAUUACAAAGUAUAUUUUUCGUUUAUCAAAGUACUUACGUUGAUUAAGGAGAGGGCUUGGUACCAGUUUUUUUUACAUUUAAAAUACGUCGAUACGAGUAUGCGUUCGACGCUCUGAUUGGCCGGCUCCAGUGAAUCAUCCAAUCACAGCACCGAACGCCUCAUUUGGAUUACUUUGAACUUAAAACAAACUCGUACUAAGCCCACAGUACAGUUUACGGUGAUCGUUAUUAAAAAAACUUUCAUAAUACAAAUAACGUGCCAAUUAACGGAUAUAACAAGGUGCUUGGGAACAAUUUAUAAUUACCGGUUAAUAUGUAUGUAUAGAAUCUCUGCGAAUAAUAAUAAUGACUCGGUUACAUCUCCAAUUAUUUGUACAAAGCAGUCACAACACUAUGACCAACGAUAUAUUUUUAAUAUGAGUAUUAUAAUAAUUUUAUCUCUCAGUAAUAAAAAAAUACAUGAAUUUUAUUGUUUAUUGAAAGUGUCUAUUACUUAUAUUGUGACACAUGUUAUUUUAUCAACAUUAUGAAAUAAGUCGGACAAUCAUAUCGAAAUGUAUUAAUUCAAUGUAGAUAUUAAGCGCAGUACUUAAAUUGUAACUUAAAGUACUUAAUUAUGCUUCGAUUUUAAAUAAAUUUAAUGUAGGUUUUGUAGCGAGUAACUCGCGAAAUUGGCCUUAAUUCAACGAGUGCUUAAUUGCUAGAAUGUUACAUGUUUAGACAACGGGAACUUCCUAAGUUCCGUCUUUAUUUUAGUUCUAGAACUUAUAAGUUCUUUCGAUGCAUUGAUUAAUUUUAGUGAGAGGAGGCACGCAGAGGCCUUCAUGAGAGACCUAUGUUUUAAUUUAGGUACAUCGCAAUUUUAAUCGUCCUUUGAAUUUUUAAUGACAUUUUAUUAUAUUUUAGCAAUUUUUGUUAAGUUAUAUACUGGUUAUAUUUUAGAUUUAAGACAAAAUUUACGUAUACUUGUAGCUACAUUAUAUUUCUGUUAAUUAUUC